CAUGACAACAAAGAACAUUCAAGCGCAUUGCAAUUCGGCAUAAUUUUAUCUAUUUAACAUUAUUUGCUUUGCUAUCAGUUUAGUUUAUCAAACAUUUUAUUCAUAUAAACUAGUCGUUGAUAAACCUGAACUUAACUGGUAACUUGUAACCAAAAAAGCUUGUUAGGUAAUUAAAAGUGAUUCGAAAUUAUUACCUACUCGAAAUAAUAUGUAAUUUCAGUCUUAAAAAAUAUGCUAUACCUGAGAUGCAGUUAAAUUUUGCUGAACCCCGCCCUUCACACAUAGACUUAUCUGGAUCUCUGGAAUGAACCCCUCCCUUACAAGACUAAAAUAGUGAUAAAGAAAAUACAUAAAUCACCAUGGCUGUCUCUGGGACUGAUACUAAAGGAACCUGCUUUUGGUGUUUUAAGGCUGUUAAGUGGCUACCUGUACUAUUUAUUAUUACAAUUGUGGCUUGGUCUUAUUAUGCAUAUGUUGUACAAUUGUGUCUUAUAAUCAUUGAUAAUACUGUGGACAAGGUUCUCUACCUUAUAUUUUACCAUGGUUUUUUUAUUAUGUUGUGUUGGUCUUAUUUCCAAACAAUUUUCACAGAUAUAGGAAGAGUGCCUCAAUAUUUCAAAAUACCAGACGUUGAUUUUGAAGCUUAUUUACAUCACAAGGAUUCGUCGGAAAUGCAGAAUAGAAUACUACAAAGUUGUGUAAAAAAUUUACCAGUAAGAAAUAUCACAGUGGGGGGAAGCGUUCGUUUUUGUGAGAAAUGCAAAAUGAUCAAACCUGACAGAACACAUCACUGUUCCGUUUGUGGAGAAUGUGUCUUAAAAAUGGACCAUCAUUGUCCUUGGAUAAACAAUUGCGUCUGUUUCACAAACUACAAAUUUUUUGUACUGUUUCUUGGAUAUGCUUUAUUUUAUUGCAUAUAUAUUUGUUUGUCUUCGCUUCCAUAUUUCAUUGCUUUUUGGAAGGGAGAUCUUCAAGGUAUGGGUAGAUUCCAUAUUCUAUUCCUCUUCUUUGUUUCUAUUAUGUUUGGUAUAAGCCUGAUGUCUCUAUUUGGGUACCACUGCUAUUUGGUUUUAGAGAAUAGAACUACACUUGAAGCAUUUACAUCUCCAAGUUUUAGAGGAGUUGGUGCUGAUAAAUAUGGCUUCCACUUGGGGCGAUUUAAAAAUUUCAAAGAAGUGUUUGGAGAAAAUCCCAAGUCAUGGUUUGUUCCUGUAUCUACAAGUUUGGGUGACGGUAUACAGUACCCUAUGCAUACAAGACAUCUACCGAGUCUUUACCACUCUACGGACCGCACACAAAACAGCCACAGUGAUCUCGAAACCGAAAACAGUAAACUAAACCCUGGCCAUACCGAAAUAUCUAUUCUAUAAGUCUUAUAACAAUACCAUAUUGAUUAAUUAGUACUUAAUGACAAAAUAUUGUUAAUUUUUUUUAAUAAAUGUUUUUAAUUUUGA